AUGUCACCAAAACGUACAGAGUCUGGCAAUAUGCUACCCCGCUAUGGGGCGAAAAGUAAGAUUAGAGGCCGGGUCCUCAACGAAGAUGAAAUGACUUUUUUGCGGGACAAGCCUUAUAUAUACAACGCUUUCAAUGACUCGUUUCUAGAACUUUUGUUCUUACAACAGUUUUGGACCUACAUAACUGAUUUGAUUCCACAGUGGGUUGCCCCGUGCGUACUUACUGGUUACGGACUUGCAAUCAAUAUCACCACAUGUCUGAUCCUUCUGCAUUACUCCGUCGGUAACACGGAGGAAACUCCAUCCUGGACUUUUGUCCUCGCGGCAAUCGGUGUUUUUGUCUACCAAACUUUAGAUGGCAUCGACGGCAAGGUUGCCAUUCGCGUUCAAAAUACUCCAAUUGAGGAAGUCUAUGACCAUGGGUGUGAUGCCGUAUCAGCCGUUUUCAUUACCCUUGCUGCGGCGGUCACUCUCCAACUAUACUCGUAUCCAGUCCUGACCUUGCUUUGUCUCUUGAUGUCAAGCAUUGCUUUCUUCUCAACACACUGGCUCUGCCACGUUAAACAUCAAAUGAUAUUUGGCCGAGUCGAUAUUGCAGAGAGCCAAUUCUUCAUCAUCGCCAUUCAUAUUGUCACUGCUUGUUUUGGGCAGUCAUUAUGGCAUGCACAUCUGGCGACUAUUUGGGCCUUUCGUUUGAGGAUUGUUCACGUCAUCGCAUUUGGCACUGUCGUCGGUCUCUUGUUAGCAACAUUCAAGAACGUCAAUCUUGCUGUACUUGGAGCCAAGACUCCCCUCGAAGAGAUGGGCAUUCACAUUCCGGUGCGGCAAGCCCCAAUGAUCUGGUCUUCGUUGGUCCCUAUGACGACCAUCACGCUCCUCGCCGUGUGGGCAUUCAAAUUUGGAUAUCUUGUAGCCUCACCCACAGCCUUUUAUAUUUCUUUUGGACUUGCGUACGCGAAAGUGACAAUUGUACUCUUGGUAAGCCUUUGGUAA